UCUGCUUCUCUACAAAUACCUUUUUCUUCUCAUGUCAGUGUUUUCCAGUCCCACAGAGCUACAGCAAUUCUUACUGCAGUCUCAGGUUUAUGGUGUAAAUACACUAAAGUCCAUAAUCAGUUAUGAACGUUGUUGAGGCAACUGAGUUAUAAUAACGCAGAUUAUUAAUCAUUUAUUAAACCUAACAUCAGACCUUUACCUCAUACAAUUUUAGAUGAAGACUCGUGCAUACAGUGCACACUUCAUCUCAAACAGCGCGGCCAACAAAAGCCACGGGCAGGCAGAUUUUCAUAGUUUGCUGCACAAGUAUAAAGAUCAGCACGGUUUUCAUUCAUGCAGGCUGUGCUUACUCAGCCUCGACAAACAGCUGUCUUCGCUACAGCUUCAUUUCCCAUGGAUGUAAAUGACCUCCUUUAUAAAUCUAAAGAAAUCUGAGAGGCACAACAGCCUCUGUGAGUGCUGGGUGUAAUUUUCCAAAUAGAAAACGGUCAAUAUGUAAUAAUUAGAUUGAUAUUUUCGGGACCUUUCGCCUUAAACCGUGCGGGGCUCAGUAUAAAAGGGCAGCCUGGGCGUUAUUGAUUGGCCCGUCCACUCUGGCUGAAGCUUACGACCGUGUGCAGACUCCCCUCCAGCGAUGUGCGUCUACCGGGGAACCAAUCCGUGGCACCAGUCUGACUCAGUCAGUCGCUUUAAGACUGUCAGUGCCAUGGCUCCAUCUCAUCCUCUGACCGCUGGAUCCGCUGUUUCUUCUUAUUAGUGACAGUGCGCCACUAGGGGAAUCAUUUUACGCACGGGCUUCUACCGGCACAAACCGACAGUGGAGACUCUCUGUCCUCCUGUUGAGCCAUGGAGAACUCCAGCCUGUUGGGUGGCGACGCACGAAAAGCCGGCUUGAUAGACUUUCUCAUGUUGGACACACUGAAGCAAGUUGUGGAUUCUCCGGAGGUUGGAGCCAUGUCUGGAUUAGGAGCGGCCAGUGGAGCUGUCUUUCUUGGGGGCAGCGCGUUCAGGACUGUCGCUGGAGCGGACUUUAUGGCCGCUCCGCCGACGGAAUCCCCGCACCUGAUGCCCGCCUUUUGGGAUUCCCCGCUCAGUCACGGAAUCAAUGUGUUUGUGGGACUUGUCCUUUGCUUCACCAUGCUGGGACUGGGCUGCACGGUGGACGUUAGCCAGCUUGGAGAACAUAUCCGCAGACCCAUCGGGGUGCUGCUGGCACUGGUGUGUCAGUUUGUUAUCAUGCCCUUGGUGGCCUUUCUGUUGGCUUUAGCCUUCUCUCUGAAUGAUGUGGCAGCGAUGGCUGUUCUUCUCUGUGGCUGCUGUCCCGGAGGAAACUUAUCAAACAUCAUGUCUCUGCUGGUGCACGGAGAGAUGAAUCUAAGCAUCAUCAUGACCAUAUCGUCCACUCUGCUGGCGCUCGUGCUGAUGCCGCUGUGCCUGUGGAUCUACAGCCGGGCCUGGAUCAACACACCCGUGGUCAACCUCAUGCCCUUCGGGGCCAUCAUCCUGACCCUGUGCAGCACUCUUAUCCCCAUUGGUUUAGGGGUUAUGCUGAGGUACCGCUACACGCGCGUAGCCGACAUUGUUUUGAAGGCCUCCCUGUGGUCCCUGCUCAUCACCCUCGUACUGCUCUUCAUCCUGACUGGGGCGAUGCUGGGGCCGGAGCUGCUGUCCGACAUCCCGCCCUCCGUCUAUGUGGUGGCCAUCCUGAUGCCUCUGUGUGGCUACGCCGCAGGUUACGGCCUGGCCGUGCUCUUUGACCUGCCGCCCAACAGCCGCAGGUCCGUCUCUCUGGAGACCGGGUGCCAGAAUGUGCAGCUAUGCACCGCCAUCCUGAAGCUGGCCUUCCCCCCUCAGCUGAUGGGAGGGAUGUACAUAUUCCCUCUGCUGUACGCCCUGUUCCAAGCAGCCGAGGCCGGCGUCUUCAUCCUGGCCUACAGGAUGUACAGGAAGGAGGUCCUGCACAAACCAGAUCCCACAGGGGACGGUGAGGACACAGAUAUAACAUAUCAGAGGUUUCAUGAUGACGAGGACUUCGACUCAUCUUAUGGUGCUGUGACAGUGAGCGACCCGAACACCAUCAUGUUGGACCCCUGUCCUCCUGAUCCAACCCCUGUUUAAUAUGCAAAAAAAAAAAAGAUGGAUUCAUAGUGUUGAUCGCCGUCAUCGAUAAAGAAAAUUCUGGAAAAAAAGGAGACUGUGCAGGGAAAUCCAGAAUGACAGCUGAAAAAAGGCGCUUUAUGUCAUAAGCUUCAUUCAUUCAUCUUAAACAUGCCUGAUAUAAGUCUAAUAUUGUAAAAAAAAAAAAAAAAAAACGUCAAGAAACAUUGAUGUUACCUAUAAAAGGGAAGUUACAUUAAUCAUCAUACCAUCAAAGCAAGACAGCAGUUAGUUUCAGUGCUUUAAAACUGUGUGUGUGUGUGUGUGUAAGAAGGACUAAAAACAUCUUACAAACAAAUCUGUAUCUCUCCUCCUGUGCAGAUUUCCAACAGAGCAGUGCCAAACUGAUUCUGUGCUCCACAAACACAACUAACAGUCUGAACAAAAUGUACAAUAUGUGCAUAUUAAAAUCAACUGUGUCAAAAGAA